AUGCUAAAAGUUCAACUAAUCUCAAAAUCUUCCACGAAUAGAUUUCAGACUUCCUUCACAAAAUUGAUACUUUGUAACGCAAAAAUGAACGUGAAAGCUUGCAGCAUGACAACAGUGUUUAUAUUGCUAAUUGGCGCGGUAACUGUUUUAUACUGUUCAUUUUGGGCUCUUCAAGAAGUUUUUGCCACAGACAAGCUCCUCAGAUUUCUGACGAACGCAUCUCGUCUGUUUGAUACGAGUUGGGAAGAUGAGACGUAUGUGCCGCUGAUGUCAAGACAUCGACGGCGGUUUCUGAUGUGGUACUUCGCCAGACCUGAUAUCGCUAGUCUCAUCGGUCCAGAUACGGGAGCAGAGGCGACACAAUAUGUCAUCUACAGGUGUGAUACCGGUAGAAUGUCUACCUGUGGAGGCUGGGCGGACCGAAUCAAGGGCAUGAUGACUGCCUACAUUAUCGCCAACUUGACUGGUCGGAACUUCAAAGUGGAGUUGCUAGCUAAAGGAUGUGACAUAACUGAAUAUCUCAUUCCAAACCUUGUUGAUUGGAGACUGCCCGUCUCCUUUCAUAAAUCAUUACAGAAACUUCCUAAUGAUACAGGUAUCAUUAACUUCAUGAAUCAAAGAUUUGCUAAUUUCAGUGAACUUAAUUUAACCAGUCUCACUGGAGCUGAGCGUUUUGUUUAUUUCAAAACCAACACUUUUCACGUCGACCUCUUCAAGUCAGCAAUCCUCUUUGAACAUGAACUUUCAUGGAUGAGGAGUUUAACACAUGACCAAGUUACGGCCACAGUUUAUAAACGUUUGUUUGUCCUUCAUCCCCGUCUGCAGGUCAAGCUGCAGUCCUUCCUGUUCCGUACAGUUCCCACGCCACAACACAAGUUGGUCUGCGUACACGUUCGAAUGGGCCAAAAUCCGACUAUCCCACGAGAUUCGGAAAUAAGAAAUUCCCCAGAAAAUCUUUUCAGGGUGUGGGAGUUUAUUGAGGAGCAGUCUAAGACAGACUUCCAUAAAGUUUUUAUCAUGGCUGAUUCAAUGCAGACCAUAGAUGAGGCAGGCAAUCAGUCAUUCAAGUCACGCAUAGUUGAAAACCCAGGACCAAUUAUUCAUGUGGAGCGGUAUCCACACGAGGCAACAAAAAGUGACAUCUGUCAGGCUGAAGAUAAAAUUGUGUUCGAUCAACAUGUGCUGAUGAACUGUGAUAUUCUUAUGAUCAGCUACAGUGGUCUCAGCCAAAUGGCUGCUUUUGUCAGAGGAAGUGAUCACGGAUUGUACUGUCUCUUGAGAAAUGGAACAAUUGUGCCUUGUACAACUGAAAAUAUUUUGACUGUAUACAAUCAAGGCUGA